GCGCCGUCCGCUGCGCGUCCCCGCGGGUCACCUGACCGCGGCCCAGCCGCCGCAACAUGGCGGCGCCCAAGUGAGCGGCGGCGCGGAGGAUGCGCGGCGUGGCCCGGUCGGAUUUCCGUCACCCUCUUCUUUAGCCGCCGCCUGUGACGCCCUCCGGAAAGCCGCCGCUGCUGCCCUGCUCCGGCUCCCCCGCCGGCUCUCCGCUGCCGCCGCCGCCAUGGAUGGGGGCUCCCCCAACGGCUCCGGCCCGGGGCAGCCCCCCCCGGGUGCCGGGAGCCCCCCCGGAGCCGGCGAGACACUCGUCGCCGAGGGCAGAGCCAGGAUCAUCUUCCCCAGCGCCAACGAGGUGUUUUACAACCCCGUGCAGGAGUUCAACCGGGACCUGACCUGCGCCGUCAUGACGGAGUUUGCGCGGCUCCAGCUGCUGCCGAAGGGGAUCCGGGUCGUCCUUCCCGGGGAGGAGAAGACGGACGCAGAUGCUCCCAAAACGGACACGGGCACUCCCGAAAUGGAUGCAGAUGCUCCCAAAACGGACACGGGCGCUCCCGAAAUGGACGCGGAUGCUCCCGAAACGGGUGCGGAUGCUCCCGAAACAGAUGUGGAUGCUCCCGAAAUGGAUGUGGAUGCUCCCAAAACGUCGGAGGAGGGUGAUGCCACCUCGGCACCUGCCGGCCCCGAGCCUCUGCGGACGGCGGCGCCGGGAGAAGUGUGCGAGGGGGGGCUGCAGGUGCUGGAGGGCCUGGCCGCCUCCGGCCUCCGCUCCAUCCGCUUCGCCCGGGAGGUGCCGGGGCUCCGGGCCGUGGUGGCCAACGACUGCUCGGCGCGAGCCGCGGAGCUCGUGGCCAGGAACGUGGCCUUCAACGGCGUCGGGCACCUGGUGACCCCCAGCCGGGCCGACGCCAGGAUGCUGAUGUACCAGAGCAAGGCGGACCGGGAGCUCUUCGACGUCAUCGACCUGGACCCCUACGGCAGCCCCGCGCCCUUCCUGGACGCCGCGGUGCAGGCCGUGAGCGAAGGCGGGCUGCUCUGCGUCACGUGCACCGACAUGGCCGUGAUGGCGGGCAACAGCGCGGAGACCUGUUACAGCAAGUACGGCGCCGUCUCCCUCAAGGGCAAGUUCUGCCACGAGAUGGCCCUCCGCAUCGUCCUGCACAGCCUGGACCUCCGGGCCAACUGCUACCAGCGCUUCAUCGUGCCGCUGCUCUCGGUCAGCGCCGACUUCUACAUCCGCGUCUUCGUGCGGGUCUUCACGGGGCAGGCGAAGGUCAAAGCCUCGGCCAGCAAGCAGGCCCUGGUGUACCACUGCGUGGGCUGCGGCACCCACCACCUCCAGCGCCUCGGCAAAGCCACCAGCCACGGCACCGGCUUCAAGUACGGGGCCGCCACGGGGCCGCCCGUGGGCCCCGCGUGUGAGUUCUGCCAGCAGCGGCACCAGCUGGGGGGCCCCGUGUGGGCAGAGCCCCUGCACGACGCGGCCUUCGUGCAGCGGGUGCUGGCGGCGCUGGAGAGCAGCCCCGGGCGCUUCCGCACCGAGGAGCGCAUCCGCGGCGUGCUCAGCGUCGUCACCGAGGAGCUCAGCGACGUCCCCCUCUACUACACCCUCGACAGCCUCAGCGGCACCAUCCACUGCAACACCCCCUCGCUGCUGCAGUUCAGGUCGGCCCUGCUGCACGCCGGCUACCGCGUCUCGCUCUCCCACGCCUGCAAGAACGCCGUCAAGACGGACGCGCCGCCCGCCGUGCUCUGGGACAUCAUGCGCUGCUGGGCCAAGCUCCACCCCGUGAAGCGCAAGCGGCUCGCCGAGACCAGCCCGGCUUCCCGCAUCCUCGCCGUGGAGCCCACCCUCCAGGCCUCCUUUGCCCUCCGCAACGACGCCAACCCCAGCUCCCGCAAACGGGGCUUGAAGCGCUUCCCCGAAAACCCCGAGGCCUUUUGGGGGCCCAAAGCCAGGGCCAAAGCGGGGGGCGGCAUCUCUCCCUCCCUCCAGGAGAAGCGGAAGCGGCACCAGAACAAGCGGACGGAGCGGCCGGACGACGGCAGCAGCCUGAAGCAUUUUCCCUGCAAACGCUUCAAGGAGGGAACCUGCUCCCUGGGCGCCCAGUGCUGCUACUCGCACGAGGCGGCGGCUGCGGCCGCCCCGCCGGAGGCUCCCGGCUGCGGAGGAGCGAGCAGGCAGCUCGACGGAACGGCUGGAAAGUCCUUGAAGGACCUCGAACGAUGAGAAGAGAGGAAGAAGGGGGGAGUAAGAGGCAGAGAAAAAGUCAGCGUGCUACUAAUCCAGCCCCUGUGCCGCGUGUCCCUGGAGCUUAACCCAACUGUAGGCUAGAGCUAGACGCACGGACAGCGAUCGUCAGCGACUCGCAAGCGCGAAGGCUACGCGUAAAGAAUCUAUAGGGGUGUAAGUGUACGCGCAGAACCUCGAUAAAGGGCCUUCUGCUUCACCCGCCUCAGGAGUCCGUGUCUCAACUCUCCGUCCCCCGGCCCCGAUCCUGCCUCUUGCUCCGAUUAAACCGUGCCCGCA